AUGGAUCAAGAUGAAUAUCCUAUCUAUCGUCGUCGCAAUAAUGGUCAAGCUCAUAUUGUGAGGGGGAAAGAAGUUGAUAACAGAGACAUCGUACCAUACAAUGCAUAUCUUUCUAAACGUUUCAACUGUCACAUAAAUGUGGAAGUUUGUGCCGGAAUGCGAUGUGUCAAGUGUAUACACAAGUACAUUUAUAAGGGUUAUGAUCGUAUAACGAUGGUGUUGGGAUUGAUAAAUGAGAUCCAACAAUAUCUUGAUGCGAGGUAUAUUGGACCUCCAGAAGCUGCUUGGCGAAUAUUUGGUUAUCCAUUGCAUGCAGAGAUACCAACAGUUGUACGCUUAGCACUUCAUUUACCUGGAAUGCACCGCGUUCUUUUUAAUCCUGAUAAAUCAUUAGAAGCAAUUGUUUCUAGAGCUGGCCAACAAAUGUCAACUCUUACUGAAAAGAGAUGGAAACCAAGGCAGCAGAGCUAUGCAAUUGGUAGAAUGUACUUUGCUAGCCCUAAUUGUGGUGAGAGAUUUUAUUUGCAUUUGCUAUUAACUGUUGUCAAAGGACCAAAAUCAUUUCAAUGUUUACGCACGGUCAACAAUGUUUUGCAUGAUACGUUUAAAUUAGCAUGUGUUGCUAGAGGACUUUUAGAAGAUGAUGAAGAAUGGAUACAAUGCCUUAAAGAGGCAGCAGUUAUGAAAACUGGUUAUCAAUUAAGGAGAUUGCUUACUCUUAUUCUUACUCAGUUGAUAUUCAAACAUCAACAACUGCAUAAUGAGGCACAACAGGCAGAUGCAGAAAUUAUUAUUGAUCGCCUCAACAAUGAUCAACGAACAGCUUAUGAUGCAAUCACUUCCUCAGUCUUUGAAAAUAAAGGAACUAUUUUCUUUUUGAAAGGAGGUGCUGGAACAGGGAAAACGUUUUUGUACAAUGCGGUUGCAUUAAAAUGUCGCAGCCUUGGACAUAUUGUUAUUACUGUGGCUUCGUCUGGAAUUGCAUCAUUGUUAUUGCAUAGACAUUGUGUUGAGGCAGUUGAUCGCACACUUCGGGACACUUGUGAUAGUGAAAAGCCAUUUGGGGGUAUCACUGUUCUUCUUGGUGGAGAUUUUCGACAAAUCUUACCAGUUAUAACCAAAGGAGUCCGUGAGCAAAUUAUUGAGACCAAUCCUCGGGAAAUUGUUAAACUUCCAUCAACAAUACACAAAUGCCAAGAUCUAAAAGACAUAAUCUCAGUAGUUUAUCCGCAACUGGAUGUGGCAAUGACAUCGACUGCAACAUUUUUAACUGAACGUACAAUUCUUUCUACACGGAAUGAUGAUGUCAGUGCUAUCAAUACUGUAGCAUUGAAUAUUUUUCCCGGCAGCACACAUACUUAUUUGGCAGCAGACAAGAUGUCUGAAGAUGAUGAAAUUGAUCAUCCUCCUGGGCUACCGGCUUUUAAGGUAGAGUUGAAAAUGGGUUGUCCUAUAAUAUUGUUAAGAAAUAUUGCACCAAAAAAUGGACUGUGCAAUGGAACAAGAUUGAUGGUUUCUAAAUGCAAUACUCACAUAGUUGAAGCUCAAAUUUUAACUGGAGAAAAAUGUGGCAAUUUGGUAUUCAUACCAAAGAUAUCCUUGACACCGUCUUCUUCAGAAAUGCCUUUCCAAAUGACAAGACGUCAAUUUCCAGUUCGAUUGGCAUAUGCCCUGACCAUUAAUAAAUUUCAAGGGCAAUCUGUGAAAUUUGUUGGAGUUGAUUUGCGCACACCAGUGUUUAGUCAUGGGCAAUUGUAUGUGGCCCUAUCUAGAUGCACAUCCUUUGAUCGUAUAAGUGUCAUCCUUCCCAAUGAUGAGCCAGAUUCUACUACAAACAUUGUUUAUCCUGAAAUUUUGUUAUAG